CUGAUGAAGAUGGAGAGCUUGUUAAAGCGGGAGCUGAAUACAGUUCGUCUGAAACAAUUGGGAUAUGCAGGGGGUGGGUGCAUUAGCCAAGGGCAAAGUUAUGAGACGGAUACAGGAAGAGUUUUUGUCAAAGUCAAUCACAAAAAUCAGGCCAAGACGAUGUUUGAUGGAGAAAUGGCAAGUCUGGAGGCAAUCUUGAAAACCAGCACCGUGAGAGUGCCAAAGCCAAUAAAAGUGAUCAGCCUCUCGGAUGGUGGAGCAGUGUUUGUUAUGGAACAUUUAGAUAUUCAUGGUUUAAACAGACAUAUGGCCACAUUAGGAGAGCAGCUGGCAAAUCUGCAUCUCCACAAUGAAAAGCUAAGGGAUCAGGAAAGUAAAGAUGCACAUACUGUUGGCAAAGGACCAGGACAGUCUGAAAUCCAGUAUGUGAGCAGAUUUGGGUUUCAUACCACUACCUGCUGUGGUUAUAUCCCGCAGAAUAAUGACUGGCAGAGUGACUGGGUUAACUUCUUUAUUCGGCAACGUCUUCAACUACAGUUGGAUUUAAUUGAAAAGGAAUAUGGUGACCGUGAAGUUAGGGAACUCUGGUCAAAGCUUCAGUUGAAGAUACCUGCUCUAUUUCAUGAUGUGGAAAUCACCCCUGCUCUCCUUCAUGGAGACCUGUGGGGAGGAAACAUUGGACAAGUAGAAGAUGGCCCUGUCAUAUUUGACCCCUCCUCCUUCUAUGGCCACUCUGAGUACGAAUUAUCAAUAUCUGGAAUUUUUGGAGGGUUUAGCACCGCAUUCUACACAGCAUAUUAUAACAAAAUUCCCAAGGCAUCAGGAUUUGAGAAGCGACUGAAACUUUACCAACUCUUCCAUUACCUGAAUCAUUGGAAUCAUUUUGGGACAGGAUAUAGAGGGUCAUCUAUAAGCACGAUGAAAGCGUUACUGAAGUAAUGAUAUCAUCCUCUUGGAUCAAAUAAUAUUAAAAAUGAUUCCUGACUGAUGACAAAUUAAUUUGUGCUUACUUUUUAAAAAUGGUAACAAGAAACCUAUACUUGGAUGAAGAUGAAAUAUUUAAUAUAAAUUAAUGAAUUCAUGCAUUAUUGCUAACUGAACAAGAUUUCAUUGUACAUUAAAGCUUGAAGCUAACUGUGAUUUCAUACUUCAAAAUAACAUUUGCAGUA